AUGAUGCGUCUUACCAUUGAUCUGGCAUUUGUUCUGUGCCUGGUCUCAAUGACUUUGGCUGACGACAUUACCGCGGAUAAGAGUAAGCGCUAUGCUGAAGAGUACUUGGCCUCUAUGGCCGGAGAAGAGAUUGAUCAGGCACGCCAACUGGCGGAGGAGCGACGUGCAGCAGGAGAUUACACAACUGCAAAGAAGGUCAAUAGCACCUCCAGUGCUGUGGGAAAGCGUGAGCCAAGAACAGCUUCAAUGACUGUCCAGUGUUGCAGAAACCCAAGAACUGGACUUUUGAUCUACCGCUACGAGAAUCGCCCCAUGACCCGUGAACAAGCGCGCCGCAACUGCCGACGGAAUGGUGGAGAUCUGGCCAGUCCGAGGAACAUGCAAGAAUUCAUUGUCCUAGAGAAUCUCAUCCGCCCAUUCACAGGCGUUCCUGGUGUCUGGUUGUUCUACAAUGAUUUCAAAACCGAGGGAAGGUUCGUAGAUGUCUCUGGGCGGCCCGCUGUGAUCAACAACUUUCUGGAGGGCGAGCCAAACAACGUGGGUCCGGGCGGUGAAGACUGUGUGGAGAUGGAUGGUGGUACUGGCACAGAACGGAACAAACGCAAGGGGAAUGUUCUGGACUUGCGUUCACGAGUCCUUUGGAAGUGCAUAUAUGUCCUUUACUGCAAUAGUGCGGUGUGA